UUUUGUUUAAUUAAAAUUUACCUUUAUUAUUUGUUAUAUUCAAUACAAAGUGAAAAAAUGCAAUGUCGGGUAUGCAUGCAGACACAAAGUCAUAUUCUGAUGGAUAUGGGGCAUGCGAGCUCUGAAGAUGGCAAAACGCUUUUUGACUGCUUCAAUGAAUGUACUCAGUUACAUGCAAUGGCCAACGACACAUUUCCAUCAAUGCUUUGCAAGAUUUGUGUCCAAAAAAUGCAAAUUGCAUAUAACUUUAGAAAAUGUGCUCUACAAUCCAAUGAAUACUUUAAAAAACUAUUAACAAAAAGAGAUGAGUCUGAAUCGCUAAAAAACACCACUGAGGAAAUGUUUGCCCUAGAGGUAAUAGAAGAAAAUAACGAUGAUCCCUUAAAUAUGGAUUUCGAUGAAGCGUCGAGAGUGCUGAGAGAGCCAGAAGUAAAAUUCACGCCGGAAGUUUAUUCUAUAGACAAAUCUCCAUACCACUAUCUCGAAGAAGCUGAACUGUCAAUUAAUGAAGAUAACAAAGAGGAUAUUGUUUCAAAAACCGAAAUUGAAAUUAAUUCCACCGCUGAGGAAAAUUAUUUUGACCAGUUUGAAAGCAUAGUUGAGAAAGAAUCUGAAAGUGAUGAAGGAGGAUAUGAAACUGAAAUUGAGCCAAUGGAAAAAAACGCAUAUGCUUGUGAAAUGUGCAAAGGUACUUAUGCAUUUAAGGCCGAUCUGAGAAAGCAUAUAGCGCAAAAUCAUAAAUCUGCAAUAAUUUGUAUAAGUUGCUCAAAAGUAUUUGAUAUGCCAGAUGAAUUGAGAAUCCAUAAGAAACUAGUACAUGACACCGAUUCCCCGGUACUAUGUGAUUUUUGUAAGGAUAAACCAAUAAUGCCACGUAGUGAGAUUCGUACACACUUUAAAGAGCAUCAUAGCAGCCGCUAUUUCAAGUAUUUUCCACGCAUACGAAUAACACGAGCUAUUGGUUCUGGAGAGCCUACAACAUACAAAUGCAAAUAUUGCUGGAACAUUUUUACAACCGCUUUCGAGCUAGAAGACCAUGUAAAAACCCAUAUAUUCAAAUGCCCAUUUUGCUCAAAGAAUUUUAGUAGAAUACGCACUUACUAUAAUCAUGUAAAACGUUUGCAUAAUUGCUCUGCCAGCAGUUAUCCACCAACACCAUUUGUAGUCUAUGGUCCUGACGCGGAAGAUGAAAAACCUAUUUAUUGCAAAGCAUGCAACAAAACUUAUUUAAGGUUAGGAUCUUAUAACAGACAUAUUAAACAAAAACAUAGAAAAAGAUCGUUAACACAUGAAACUGACAAAAUUGAUCUGGAUAAAGUUCAGGAGAAAACGAUAGAUGAUUUACAGCCAGUGGAACUCUUAAGUAGCCAACUUCAAAUAGAAUCCAUUUUCCAUUCGCCAGAACAGAGUCAAGUUUAUGUUGAGAAACUACCUGAAAUAAUAUCUGAGGAAAAACUGUCAGAAUAUCAACACUGCCCUAAUAAAAUUGAGGAAACUUACGAUGUUACCCAUACAGACGCCGGAGAAUACACUGAGCAGUUACAAGAGUUAGAUUAUGAUCCCAACGAAGAUGAAAUGACUUGUACUGUUUUGGGUGAAGAGGAAAAUUUAAACAAAAGUUUUGAGAGGCAAAAAAAAUCGAUCAUCCGGAAAAAAGCAAACCGUUCAAAGCAAAAAAAGAAAAAUGAAUAUCUAUGUUCAUUUUGUCCACAAGUACUGUCGUCGAGAACAACAUUGGAAAUGCACGAAAAUAUCAAACAUUUGAAUGUGAAAACUCAAGAAGAAUGUCCGAUUUGUAAGAAAAAAUUAAAGCCAAGUUAUAUAAGUACACAUAUUCAAAUGGUACAUAACGAAGAACGUAACUAUGUUUGCGAUAUUUGUGAAGAUUCUUAUAAAACCAAAAAUCAGUUAAAGCGGCAUAAAAUGUUACACGAUAAGGAUAGUGGGUUGCCCUGUACUGUAUGUGAUAAAAAAUUCACGGAGAGAGCAGAUCUCAAUGUACAUAUGCGCCUUCACACAGGCGAAUUGCCAUAUGCAUGUCACAUAUGUGAUCGGCGAUUUAGAAUAAAAGUUCGUCUCACCUAUCAUUUGCAGCAUCACGCUAAUAUUAAGAAAAAAUGUAAAAUUUGUGACAAAGAAUUCAAGAAUGGUACAUCACUUCGAAAGCAUUCAUAUGAACAUACUGGUAAUUUUCCUUACACAUGUACCAAUUGUGAUUAUCGCCAUGUCAACCGUGAAUAUUUUUGUAAACAUAUGCUGAACAAACACGGGAAGGUAAUGAGCGCUGAUGAAUUGUUUGCGAUGUUCAAAGCGAAUACCGGCCGCAACCCAUACGUAAAAAAGGCAGAAGACUUGGAGAACAUGAAUAUCAAUUCAAAACAAAAGAACAAUAAAUCUACAUCUGGUUGCACCAUUAUGCUUGUAGUCAUAGCAACGGUGUCUGUGCCUUUAAAAAAUUAUUGGAUAGAAGACAUAAGUGCAUUUGAUUUGAUUUUGUAUUUGAUGGAUAACAUAGAAAAUUCGGAAGGAAUGAACUCACCGGAUAUUGAUGUUAGCACUGAGGAAAUGCGCUGUUGUCGUGCUUGUUUGGCGGUAGGAUCAGAGGCUGAGCUUGUGGAUUACAUCGAUAUGAGAGAGUGUUAUAGCACCGAUUGCGGCAGUAUUACAUUAUUAGAGUCAUUUAAUAAAUGCACGUCCUUGAAUGUUAUAAUAGAAGAUAAUAGUAUGGAAGGAUAUCCACCAUGUCAUUAUAUUUGCGGACGUUGUCUCUUAGAUUUGAAGCAAGCGUAUGAGUUUAUAACCCGCGCGCAGUUAAACAACCAGCUAUUAAAAGUACAAUAUGCACAUUCCAAAUCUACAACAAAGACCGAUGAUGAGUUGCAAGGCACAAAAAGCGAAGGUGAAUCGGUGAGAAGUCAAAACUUUGAUAUCGUAUUCACUGUUUCAGAGAAUGAGGAGGAGGAAUUUGGUAAAGAGGUAUGAUUUUAAUUUUGUGUUUUUAAUAGUCUUUGUACUUAGAUAAACUAUAUCCUUCAGGAAUGUACUAUCGCAAACUCAUCAUUGAAUUUAAUUAAUGAGAGCAAUGUACCACUUAAUAAUAAGGAACUUUCAUCAACCACACUCAUUAGUGUGGAACGAGUUUUUUACAACGAAAGAGGUGGUAAAUUACAAGCGGCUGCGGAAGUUUCAAAAACGAAUCAUAAACAUUCGAAAAUAACUGGCGAAGAGUACUCAAAUUUAGAUAGCGCACUUAAAGCAGGAUUUGAGUUUAAAUGCGAAUUUUGCACUGCAAUAUUCGAUUUUCAAAGAGAUUUGCUGCAACACUACGAAGUGGAUCAUGCUGAAAAGACACUGAAUUUCCCCUGCGAUUUAUGUAAAAAUCGAUUUGUGACGAAGAAUGCCCUACGUUUACAUCGUCGUCAAGUGCAUCAAAAAGAUGAAUAUACAGACUGUGAGCACUGCGGACGUACUGUAUUGAAAACGUUCUAUAAUGUGCAUUUAAGGCGUCAUCAGCAACAAUUUCUAUGUAGCAAAUGCCCAAAAAUAUGUGCUUCACGCUAUACACUUAAAAAGCAUAUGGAAUUGCAUUCGGAAGAACGUGAUCGUAAUAUUGAAUGUGGGGAUUGCGGUAGACGUUUUUAUACGUUAGAGAAUUUGCAACUACACCAAACCAUACAUAUUUCACCCGAAGAUAGAGCAAUAUUUGAGUGCACUGUUUGUUCAAAGACAUUUUUGCGUAAAUCGAACCUUGGCUUACACAUGCAGAUGCACAGGGGAGAAACCAUGGAUUGCCCGCAUUGUAAUAAACAAUUUGUUCGACGUAAGGAUCUCGAAAUACAUAUACGGUUUCACACUGGUGAAUUUCCUUAUGCAUGUACGAUGUGUGAUCGUAAAUUUGCCAUUAAGGGACAUCUUAACUAUCAUGAAAAACGUCAUCUGGGUGUUCGAUACAAGUGUGAUGAAUGCGAGAAGACAUUCAUAAAUUUAGCAGGUCUGCGGCAACAUCAAUUCGAACAUACUGGUAUGCCAUUAACGUGCAACGUGUGCAAACGAGGUUUUCCAACUAAAUUUAAGGUUCGCCGUCACUUGCGUACUGUGCAUCAGCAUCUAUUCGAAAAAACUGGUUAUACUGAUGCUUUAGCAAAAAAAUACAUAACCAUAGACACUUCUUCUAACAAAACAGAUAAGAAAAGGAUUGCUUGUGAAAGUGUACUUGAAGAUACGAUCGAAAUGCUGGAGGAGCAUGCAAACGAUAUUCCUUUAAAUAUGUUAGCAGCUUAGUAGUCAAUUUGGUGCCGAACAGAAAUAAUAACCGAUAGGACAAUUUACAAUUAUGCCAAAUUUAAUUUAAAUAUUAUUUAUUAUAGACCUACAUACAGUAUUAAAUUGUAAUGAAAAAUUAUGUUAAAAACUGUAGAAAUUAUCUUACUUAAAAUAAGGAAUAAAAAUAAAUCUAUGCAAAUUUGUGCUAGCAAAC